ACAUCAUCCUUGAGCUUGAACCUUUGCAGCGCAGCCCUCAGAGCGCUUAGCGCUCAACGACCAUUUAAUACGCCAGAAAUGAAGGGCGCAAAUUCACGUAGGAAACCAGCCCCAAGUCUAUCAGACGAUGCCAGCAAGGAUGCCGAAUCUCAGCAACCAUUCAUCAAUCCAAACAACUCUGCGGACGCGUCAUACGCAAACAUUAGUCGAGGAGUGGAUGAAACGCUUAAUCGCUAUUCAGUCAGUUCGUAUGAAUCUGCAAAUAGCGAAGCACACUUUGCACAAAAUGCAGCAACAAACAGGCCUCGUUCUGCUGAUUCUCGUCCACCUCCAGAAAGGUAUCAACCGGGACAGCUACUUCCAACCAUAAUGACUGGAGAAACAUUGGAUCUUGAGGAGCCCACAGUCGAUGAACAUACGUCCGCACAAGGCCAUGACCCUUUCUCGGACCGCCAUGCUCCCACCCACCCUUAUCAGCAAGUUCCGUACGCUCAACAAUCCCCCAUACGAGUACAUCCUCAACCGCCAUCGAAUACAUCACACGAACACCUCGUCGCCACUCCUUUCAGUUCCACGCCUACCAUUUACUCAAAUUAUGGUACGGGACCAUCACCUGGGUUUACCAGCUCUGUAGAUCAUUUCCAACAUGACACAGAGGCAUACGCAUCUGGAAACUUCACCCGCUCCUCCUACCGCCCCCCGAGAUCACGAUCGCCCACUCCGUUCAUGGACGAGGACUACAAACUUGAUUCCAACAACGUUACACAUUACACAGGAUACUCUCAGCCUCGCGAGUACAACCCUUGCGAAGACGAGAAGGCCGCAUACAACGACGAGUACGAUAUCUCGCAGUAUGCUGACGUUCCCGGCACCGAAGAGUACUACGACGGUGAGAAGACACCUGGCGUUUCAGUCGGGUAUUCAGAACCCGAGACGCCUAUCGAGACCCGUCACUUUGGGCCUGCACCCGUCGGGCGCGUUCGUAGACGAUUGAAGAAGAAACGGGUGCAGCUGACGAACGGCAAUCUCGUCGUAGACCUUAAUGUGCCUCCAAAGCUCGUCCUCCCCUAUAGGGGGGAACCAGAGAUGAUCAAGACGCGGUACACAGCGGUCACUUGUGAUCCCGACGAUUUCGAGAAAGAGAAGUUCUUUCUACGACAGAAUGAGAAUGGACGCACAACCGAAUUAUUUAUUGUUAUCACUAUGUAUAACGAAGAUGAGGUCCUCUUUUGUAGGACCUUGUAUGGGGUGAUGCGCAAUAUAGCACACCUUUGCUCGCGCAAGAAUUCCCAAACAUGGGGACCUGAUGCCUGGAAAAAGGUUGUUGUCUGUAUCGUAGCGGAUGGUCGCAAGAAGAUUCAUCCGCGUGUGCUUGACUGCUUGACACUCCUUGGAGUCUACCAGCCUGGAGAUCACAUGAAGAACAAAGUUAAUAACAAAGAGGUCACAGCGCAUCUCUUCGAGUACACAACUUCCUUUGCAUUGGAUCCGAACCUUCACUUCAAAUAUCCAGACAAGGGCAUCGUGCCAACGCAGAUCAUAUUUUGCAUGAAGGAGAAGAAUCAGAAAAAGAUCAACAGUCAUCGAUGGUUCUUCAAUGCCUUUGCACCCAUGUUGCAGCCCAAUAUCUGCGUGUUGCUCGACGUCGGAACACGCCCAGGCAAUAAUAGCAUAUAUCGGUUGUGGAAAACUUUCGACGUCAACUCAAACGUCGGUGGCGCGUGUGGUGAGAUCGCAGUCUACAAGGGCAAGAACUGGCAGUUCCUGCUGAAUCCCCUAGUUGCGGCUCAGAACUUUGAGUACAAGCUGAGCAACAUUUUGGAUAAACCAACGGAAAGCAUGUUUGGUUACAUCAGUGUCCUGCCUGGUGCUUUCUCUGCCUAUAGGUAUAUCGCAUUGGCAAACAACAAGGACGGAACGGGUCCUUUAGCUUCUUAUUUCAAGGGCGAAGUCCUCCAUGGCCACGACACCGACAUAUUUACAUCAAACAUGUACCUUGCAGAAGAUCGCAUCCUUUGUUUUGAGCUCAUAGCGAAAGCAAAUUCAAAUUGGGUGUUGAAGUAUGUCAAGGGUGCCAUUGGUGAAACCGAUGUGCCAGAUGCGCUACCAGAGUUUAUCAGCCAGCGUCGGCGAUGGCUGAAUGGUUCGUUUUUUGCAGCAGUGUAUGCUGUCGCACAUGUAGGGCAAAUUAUGCAGUCCGGGCACAGCUUCAGUCGAAAGGUGACCCUCAUGAUCGAGACCGUUUAUAAUAUCAUCAACAUGAUAUUUUCAUGGUUCGGGAUUGGCAACUUUUACCUGUUUUUCGUCAUCCUGAGCUCGUCAUUAGAAGACAAGUCCUUUGGUGUGCCCUCUAUCAAAUAUUUCAACGCCAUAGUUCAGUACUUUUUGGCUUCGAUAAUCAUCGCCUGCUUCCUUCUGUCUAUGGGGAACAAGCCUAAAGCGGCUCAUCGCAAAUACCUGCUCGCCUCACUGUUCCUCGCAAUCCUAAUGGUGUACCUCAUCAUUGCAUCUGUACUAUGUGGCAUAGCUGCAUAUAGUCAGGCCGGUGGAGGCGUGGUCCUUCUGAGCGUCGCCAUAACUUAUGGAGUAUAUAUGCUGAGCAGCCUCCUGGCAUUCGACCCAUGGCAUAUGUUCACCAGCUUCGUGCAGUACAUUCUACUCAGUCCGACAUACGUUAACGUCUUGAGCAUAUAUGCGUUCUCGAACCUUGAUGAUAUAUCCUGGGGCACAAAACAAGACGCAGUUCCGGACGCAGACCUCGGGGCCGCAGUGCAAGACUCUCACUCUCAGGUCGAUAUUGCCAUGCUUGCCGAAGCUGCAGACGUGAAUGGUAUCUAUGAGGAAUCGAUCGAUAACCUGAAAUACCGGAAACCUGCAAAUAAAGACAAGGAUAAAGUGAUUACGGAGCGAGAGCGAGAGAUGGCGGCUAUCGACUACUACGCCAACGUUAGAACCAAUGUACUGUUGGCCUGGGUGUUAUCCAAUGGCGUACUCUUGCUAUUUAUUCUCUCUGGUUCCGAUUCAUCAAGUACUUUCAAUCCUGACGCAGGCGUAUCACGGACGAAGGCAUAUCUAAUAUUCAUCCUUUCGUUUGCAGCCAUCACCAAUUCAGUGCGCCUUGUCGGCUCAACUUUGUAUCUGCUAACAAGAAUCUUCACCGCAUAAAUUAGAAGGCCUUAAAGGUGUAUUAUCACCAGUACUUAGUUACUUCUUGUUUCCAAGCGUUGUUUGUGUGCGGAAUGCAUGAUGUGAGGGUUUGUCACGCGGUGUCACAGUAUC